AUGGCUGAUGUUUUCCGGCAAUAUUGCCACAAUUCGCCAACCCGGCGUUGCAUGUGGGUCAACGGUGCACUCAUCAUCGGAGCAGGUCCAUCAGGCCUCGCCGUUGGAGCUUGUCUAAAAGACCGAGGAGUUCCUUUCAUUCUCUUAGAACGCUCUGAUUGCAUUGCAUCUUUAUGGCAAAACAAAACUUAUGAUAGACUUAAACUUCACCUCCCUAAACAAUUCUGCCAACUUCCCAAACUACCCUUCCCUGAUCAUUUCCCAGAAUACCCUUCCAAAAAACAGUUCAUCGAUUACUUAGAGUCUUAUGCCCAGCACUUUGAUCUCAAACCUCGGUUCAAUGAGACAGUGCAUUGUGUUAGUUAUGACAAGACAUGCAACCUUUGGCGUGUGAAGACAGUAGUGAUGAAAAAUGGUGCUGAACUUGAGUACAUUUGCCAGUGGUUGGUGGUGGCUACUGGAGAAAACUCAGAGAGUGUUAUACCUGAGAUUGAAGGUCUGGAAGAGUUUGGUUUGAGUAGAAGUGUUCGGCAUUCUUGUGAGUAUAAAUCAGGUGAAGAGUUUAGUGGCAAGAAAGUGCUGGUUGUUGGGUGUGGAAACUCCGGCAUGGAAAUUUGCCUUGAUCUUUGUCUUCAUAAUGCCUUUCCUACCAUUGUUGUCCGUAAUUCGGUUCAUGUGUUGCCAAGAGAGGUGAUGGGGAAAUCAACCUUUGAGAUAGCAGUGAUGUUGCUAAAAUGGAUGCCAGUGUGGGUGGUGGACAAGGUUUUACUAGUUGUAGCAUGGUUGGUGCUUGGGAACAUAAGCAAGUAUGGGAUUAGAAGGCCGUUGGUGGGUCCAAUGGAGCUCAAAAAUAGAGAAGGGAAGACGCCAGUGCUGGACACUGGGGCCUUGGAAAAGAUCAAGAAUGGUGACAUAAAGGUAGUGCCUGGAAUCAAGAGGUUUUUUGCUGGAAAAGUUGAGCUUGUUAAUGGACAAUCUAUUGAUAUAGACUCUGUCAUUCUUGCUACUGGUUACCGUAGCAAUGUCCCUUCAUGGUUUCAGGAGAGUGAAUUUUUUGCCAAAAAUGGGUACCCAAAGAAGCCAUUUCCAAAUGGAUGGAAAGGAGAGGCAGGACUGUAUGCAGUGGGAUUCACAAGAAGAGGGCUUUCAGGAGCAACAGUGGAUGCUGUGAGGAUAGCUGAAGACAUUGCUAAGGUUUGGAGAGAGGAAACAAAGCAAGCUAAACAGUUUAGUGCUUGUCAUAGGAGGUGCAUUUCCCAGGUCUAG